CUUUGCUGCUGUCGGUUGUGUUCGCGCUCCGGUGACUGUUGUGAAUAUCCUGAAUAUCCUGCCUAAAUCAGGGACCUCGUCGACUUCCACGGAGCCAGCUGGGGCACAGCACACACCUGUGCGCUAUCAUCUCCACCUCUACGGGCGAGUAACGACUUGGCAAACGAUUGGCAGUAAUAGCGGUCAUCAGAAGAAGGAGUCCAAAGAGCAAAUGUCGGGCAGCAUGUUGUCCUCACUAAGGGUCCUUUUCUGUCGCAUUAGGGCAACAUUUGGACGGGCCAACUAAUCGCACACUCUUCUCGCGCACCGCUUGUGGUCAUCGCCAUGACUCUUUUGCAGAGACUGCAGGCCAUGUCGGCCACCACGGCAAGGACGAUGCUGGAGGGCAGCAUUAGCAUUGGCGGGAUGAAGGAGCCGCUGGCAACGGGACACCAACUGCCCGUUCUGGAGGAGUCCGCCUCGCAUGCCCGGUAUCUAAAGUUCAUUGCCGACGGACUCAUCGACGAGGGCAUGGGCGGCAGUGCCGUGGGCAGCGGGAGCAGCAUCGCCGUGUCCGUGGAAGAUGUGGUCGCCGGACAGGCACAGGACAUGGACAUCCAGGCGGGCGAGGCAUCCCUAUCCACCGACGACGCCGACGGCAGCAGCCAUCUGGCAUUAGUCUUCGUCAAGUGUUUCAUUAUUGGUUUCAUCAUACUGGCCGCCAUCCUGGGCAACAUGCUGGUCAUUGUGUCCGUCAUGCGGCACCGGAAAUUGCGCAUCAUUACCAACUACUUUGUGGUCUCGCUGGCCGUCGCCGACAUGCUGGUGGCCCUUUGUGCGAUGACAUUUAAUGCUUCCGUCAUGAUCUCGGGCAAGUGGAUGUUCGGAUCCGUGAUGUGCGACGUGUGGAACAGCUUCGACGUCUAUUUCUCCACCGCCAGCAUCAUGCACCUCUGCUGCAUAUCCGUCGACAGAUACUACGCCAUCGUCCAGCCGCUGGACUAUCCGCUGAUCAUGACGCAGCGGCGGGUGUUCAUCAUGCUGCUGAUGGUCUGGCUGUCGCCGGCCCUCCUCUCGUUCCUGCCCAUCUGCUCAGGGUGGUACACAACGACCGAGAACUACAAGUAUCUCAAAUCGAAUCCGCAUAUAUGCGAGUUCAAAGUGAACAAGGCUUAUGCUAUAGUGAGCUCGUCGAUGAGCUUCUGGAUCCCCGGCAUCGUGAUGCUGUCGAUGUACUACCGCAUUUACCAGGAGGCCGACCGGCAAGAGCGCCUGGUCUACAGAUCCAAGGUGGCCGCCCUGCUGCUGGAGAAGCAUCUGCAGAUUAGCCAGAUUCCCAAGCCGCGCCCGAGCAUCCAGGUGGAGCAGUCGACCAUCUCGACAAUGCGGCGGGAGCGGAAGGCCGCCCGAACCCUGGGCAUCAUCAUGAGCGCCUUCCUCAUCUGCUGGCUGCCGUUCUUCCUCUGGUAUAUCGUAUCCUCGCUGUGCGACAGUUGCAUCACUCCGCGCCUCCUCGUCGGCAUCCUGUUUUGGAUCGGCUACUUCAACUCGGCCCUGAACCCCAUUAUUUAUGCAUACUUCAAUCGCGACUUCAGGGCCGCCUUCAAGAAGACCCUCAAGAGCCUCUUUCCCUACGCCUUCUACUUUUGCCGCCGCGGCAGGGGGCGGGAUGACGACCGGGACCUGGAGUUCGGCAAUCCCAGCCGUAGGGGCACCAAUGGCAACCAGCGGACCGGAUCCGGAUCCGCCGAGCUGGCCAACUGUGUCAACUCCACGGCCUCGUCGGAGAUUCACAUGAGCGUGAUGCGAGCCCGCCAGUAUGCCGUCAAUGUCACGCCCACCACGGACGCCCAAAUGCAGCAGCUGCAUCCCCUCUACACCAACUAGACCAGCAUGGCGUAUACUUGAUUUCAGCCCAAGUGCUCCACGAAGAUGAUGAUGACGAUGUCUGUGGAUGACAUCUCCAGAUGUUCUCCAACAAGCACCAGAUUGCCAGCUUACAAAUAAAUUACUCGAUUACUCGACAAAAACCUUCCUCAAGAUCGGGGCUGAAUAAGAAUUUAGCCACGAAUAAUAGCUACAGCAACAAUACGACAAUCCCACAGAUUAUAGAAAGCCUUCAAUAAAACAGCAAAUUGACGUGCAAAAUGAAUUGAAAUAUAAAUACAAAUAUUUCGACAUAAAUAUUUACCUGUCAUGGAGUCAUGAAUUUCAUAAAGAUAUGUUUAUAAGUGCGCAUGCAAAAAUAGAUAUACGAAUUGAAUGUUUGAUAUACGUAUAUAAAAAAGAUAGAUGUUAGCCCACAAAAAAUGUGCAGUAUGCAUUACAAUAAUACUCGAAACAAAUAAACAAAUAAAAUCUGAGAAAUAGUGUAAGUUGAGAAGUUCUUAUGAUUGCAUUUUUUUCUCUCUCUGUAUAUAUUUUAUGAAAAUUAAUUUGAGAAAUAAUUAAAUUCGGUUAGCGAAUAAAGACAGGCUCUUUUUUAUAAACUCAGUUUCAGUUAUUAAUUUAAAAACAUUAUUUAAAUUAAAAAGGUUAAAAAAAACUUCAGAACUAGGCCGAAAAACUACAGUCAUUUCAUUUUCAUUUUUGUUUUAUUUUGAAUUGUAAUUCUUAGUAGGGACAAAAAUUAUUAAAUUCGUUCAAAACAUUUAAAUAAUGUAGUUCAUUAAACUAAAUUAUAUGUGUCAUAAUGCAUAACCAAACGAAGAGAUUCAUUCGUUCAAAUUUAACAUAUUAAAAGUUAUAGAGCCUAAAGCACGACUAACAUAUCCAUUGGGUCUAUUAGCUUUGAUGUUUCCCGACUCUAAGUCCCAAACUAUUGUUGUAGUCGAUAGAUGUAGCGCUAUAGCCAGAUAUUAAAUACGAAUUAUACCUGUAGCUAUGCUAUGUACCUCUAUCUGCGAGUAGAUGCAACUGACAUUCAUAGAACUGUUUGUAAUCGUUUAAGCAAGUGUGACUACUAUAAUUCCUAAAAUGCUACUCUCUUGCCUGGACAAUCUCGAUGGAGCACAAUAAACCUAACCUUCAGACUCCUAGUCUGUUUAGUUAACUUUCGCUUUCGUUUCGAAAUUAGUUGAGUAUAGGAGACCUAGGAGAAAUUAUCAGCAACUGCCACGCCCCAUUUGUCACCGCCAUUGCGCCCAUAAAUCAAAGGUGGUUUUCGGCAGAAAGCUGGAUGAAAUUGUUUGCCUAAAAUAUCAAAUCGUGGCAAAAAAAAAUAUAUACGACAUGCAUAAAACGCCGACUUUUUCUUACGAUUCAUAGUCAUUAUUUAAAGCGCCGGCUUAAGAGCUCACCGCCGUCGACAAAUGAGCAUCGGCAUCGCCCGUCUCUUUCGGCGGCAUUACACCUCUCCCUUUCUGUCAAUAUUUGCUUUAUUUAACUCGCAACGGCGCAUUGUUUAAACUGCGGAACGCCCACGAAAAAUUUGGCAGUCAGCGGUGUUUUGAUAACAUUUGAAAUGUAGCCAAAUAUUGUUAACUAAAUUACGCGUCGAGCGAUAAGAGGCUGAGGUACAAAAAGCGAAUGCUCUUUAAACCAUUUUCCUUUUCGACUUAAAUAAAUGUAAUUUACUUAUUUUUAAUUACAUAAGUCAUUGCUUUGUUGCCACAAGUGUUUCCAGGUGCAAUGCACUUUAGUAGAAGGUGCAUUGAAACGAGGAAAUAAAACAUUUGAUUAUAUGUCUGAUCGAAGUGUUAAAACAAUUAUAACAAAUUGCAAAUAUUCUAAUAAUUUAAAUUUUUAACACCGCUGUUUAUUUAAUACAACAAAAUAAUAGUGUUUAGUCCACUUCACUACCCCUUUUACCCUUUCAAAUUAGAGUAUUUUUGCCGGGGAAGUGUGGCACGUGUCCGUAAACCACCUGGACGGCAGAACCAACAACAAAAACAGUUAUAAUAAACAAAUAUACGAUUAAGUUUAACCGCAAAUUGGCAUGUCAACUCAUGGGGAGCAUGUGACUUUCAAUAAAAAACAAACAAAAAACUUGGCGCAAACGUCGAAAAAGUAAAUAAUUAAAUUAUGGCAAUUAGGCAAAGCUCACGACGAUUACAGUCGCUGGUAAAAGUAUGCUGACGAGUCAUUCCAUGAUGCAAUCAUAAGUUGAUAAGUUGAAAAUUCUCGCAUAUUCCACACACAGACUCUUCAAUGACAAAUGACUUGUGAGACUACUUCUGCCAGCGACUGUAUUUUGAUCUUAUAUGACUGAAUCAUUUUCGACAGUAAUCGUGGCUAGUAGAAAUACGUAACCAUUGUAAACGGAUAAAAUGCAAGCCAAACCAAACUAAAUGUAAUUAAAUGUCCAACAGAAACGCGCAGCUGAAGCUUAUUUUGUCACAAAAAUACAAACUGAGUUUCUAAUAAUAAUGGUAGUCAAAUACUUGUUAAAUAUUUUAUGUAUUAUGCAUGUGAAUAGUUGCAACCCAUGCAUUAAAAAGCGCAAAAAAAUAAAAGAGAAAUUUAAAGCAGACCACAUAAGGGUGAUUACUAAUUAAUGCGAAAUUCAUAUAUUCAUACGUAACUCGGCCACAUGGCAUUAAAUAUAUAUAAAAUACAAGUAAAAGUGACAACAAGAGGAAAUGUUAAUUAAAUUGCGGAAAAUAUUUACAAAAUAAUAAACAGCUAGCACGGAUCUUGUGGUCGAUUGUCGGUCAAUUUCGAAAUUGUACCUUCCAAGUUUCACGAGAAAAACAAAAAACCAUAGGCGAAAACCCCUCGACUUAAGUAAAUGUUAACAUGUGCGUUUUUCAGUGGAAACUAUAUUAAAUUAUACAUAUAUAUUUAUUAUACAAAGGGAUAUGUUUACGGUGUAUGCAUGUAUUGUAUAUAGUAUCUAGAUACAUAUAAAUUAAUGAAAUGAAGCAAUUACAAUCGUAUGGAAUAAAAGUAAAGGUAAUAAUAAAAAGGUUCAAAACAUCAUCAUAUGA